CUCUCUCCCCCUUCCUCCUCCACCCCCCCUUCCUCCUCCGCCCGCCCGCGGGGCCCCCCUCGCCUUCCCGCCCGCCCCUAUUGUUCCGCCCCCGGCCUCCCGCCCUUCCCCUUCCCGCCCGCUCCCCCUUUCCCCUCAGUCGUCUCGCGCCUGCAGUUUUUGGCUUUCACCCCCUCCAGUGACCAAAGACUUGAGAAGUCAAAGUCCAGCUCCCCAGAACACUGCUCGACAUGGACACCGGUGUGAUUGAAGGUGGAUUAAAUGUCACUCUCACCAUCCGACUACUUAUGCAUGGAAAGGAAGUUGGCAGUAUCAUUGGAAAGAAAGGAGAAUCAGUUAAGAAGAUGCGUGAAGAGAGUGGUGCACGAAUCAACAUCUCAGAAGGGAAUUGUCCUGAGAGAAUUAUCACCUUGGCUGGACCCACUAAUGCCAUCUUCAAAGCUUUUGCUAUGAUCAUCGACAAACUGGAAGAGGACAUCAGCAGCUCUAUGACGAAUAGCACAGCUGCCAGUAGACCCCCAGUCACCCUGAGGCUGGUGGUCCCUGCUAGUCAGUGUGGCUCUCUCAUCGGAAAAGGUGGUUGCAAGAUCAAGGAAAUACGAGAGAGUACAGGGGCUCAGGUCCAAGUGGCCGGGGAUAUGCUUCCCAAUUCAACUGAGCGAGCCAUUACUAUUGCUGGCAUUCCGCAAUCCAUCAUUGAGUGUGUGAAACAGAUUUGCGUGGUCAUGUUGGAGACUCUCUCCCAGUCCCCCCCGAAGGGCGUGACCAUCCCGUACCGGCCCAAGCCGUCCAGUUCUCCAGUCAUCUUUGCAGGUGGUCAGGACAGGUACAGCACAGGCAGCGACAGUGCGAGCUUUCCCCACACCACCCCGUCCAUGUGCCUCAACCCUGACCUGGAGGGACCACCUCUAGAGGCCUAUACCAUUCAAGGACAGUAUGCCAUUCCACAGCCAGAUUUAACCAAGCUGCACCAAUUGGCAAUGCAACAGUCUCAUUUCCCCAUGACGCAUGGCAACACCGGAUUCAGUGGCAUUGAAUCCAGCUCUCCAGAGGUGAAAGGCUAUUGGGCAGGUUUGGAUGCGUCAGCUCAAACUACUUCUCAUGAACUCACCAUUCCAAAUGAUUUGAUUGGCUGCAUAAUCGGGCGUCAAGGCGCCAAAAUCAAUGAGAUCCGUCAGAUGUCUGGGGCGCAGAUCAAAAUUGCGAACCCAGUGGAAGGAUCAACUGACAGGCAGGUUACCAUCACUGGAUCUGCUGCCAGCAUUAGCCUGGCUCAGUAUCUAAUCAAUGUCAGGUGGGGGGUACCAGGGACUUGAACUUGCCUCCUUGUGCACUGUUACCUGUAUGGUUAACCAGGAGCACCACCACCUGGUCCCCUAUGGUAGGCUAAUUGACCUUUUGAAUGUUUUUUAACCAGAACAUAGAGCUGUGUAUAGAUUAAAGAUUUUAUUAAUGAGAAAGGAGAGAGAAAGAGCCACUCUGGUCUGGUACAUGUGCUGUCUGGGAUUGAACUCCAGAGCUCAUGCUUGAGAAUCAAGUGCUUUAUUCACUCUGCCACCUCCGGGACCAUGGACAGGCUUUUAUAGCCCUGCUUUUUUCUGCCUCUGAAGCUUUUCCCCUGCAGGUGGGUUCCAGACCAGAACUAGAGUCCUGCUCCUUGGGGAUUAGAGCAUGUAUGCUUUUCCAGGUGCCCCACUGCCAAGCCCCUGAGGUUUUUUCUCCUUGGCCCGUAUCCCUUUGGUUUACAAUAUUAGAAAUAAAGCUUCAUUGUUAAUUUGUACUGUUACUUCCUGAUGUUGUGCCCCCUCAUUCCUGGGUAGGUUUACGAGUGGGUGGUAGAUGUCCAUAGGUCUGCACCAAUAGGUUGCAGGGUCAGAACAUUUCCAGGCUUGAGUUUCAUGUGUGAAAUCCAACUGUCUGUUGUUCUAAGUGAAAGAGCUCUAUUUUGCUGAUACCAUCCCUUUCUCCCAUACUGCUUUUCUAUUUGAUCUACUUACUGAAAAGACUUCUCUUAAGCCGAGUAUUUGUACGAAAGAUAGAAUGCUCAGAAAAGAAUCCACAUACCAUUGUCACUGGCAAGGAUUGACAGACCACAUUUUAAAGCAGUUUACACCUCCCCCUUGUGGUCCUAGCAUUUUGUUUGGGUUUCACUUAGUGUUCUAUACAUUGCAAAGCUGGUUGAAGGGAGCUACAUGACCUCUAAUACUUAAAUAUAAUAUGUCUCCAGCAGUCCUUCUCCUUGAAAUGUCCAGUCCCUGCUGAACUUUUUCAUUCAGGGCCUAUGUACGGUUUGUUGCCAGAGCGUCCCAUUAGAAACGUAACUUUCCAAAUGCUGAUCUGGGACAUCCAUUUCUGACUUAUAUGGUGGCAAGUUUAAGUAAAAAACAGUCCUCCUGCCCCUUUCCCAACCUCUUCUUGCCAUGUUGAUUUGCUGUCACAACUAGGUUAUGGCAGUUAAUUUAAAUGUUCAUCAGUGUCCCUGGAAAUCACUGGCUUGCAGUGUAGAGCCAGACUUGGAAGUGUGAGAUCCUGAGUUUGGUCCUUGCCAAAUACCAAUUCUUGUAUACUGAGUAGUAACCACUGCUAGCCACUAGCAUGUGGUGUUUGCUGGCUCCUUGGACCCUCAGACACGGGAGUUUUUUUUAUAUGACUACUAUAUUAUCUCCAUUAUACUGUCUUGACCCAGUUAUGAUAUUGCUCUUCUUUGCAUCCCAUUAGAAGUAUCAGCUUGACCAAUGAUAUAGAAAACCAGGACUUUUCCAAAGGCUUGUCUCAUCAUUGGCCUCGUGAAAUUUUUAAAUAAAUAUCAUGCAAACUGCUA